AUGUCUGGUCAGAAAUAUGUAGUGGUUGGAGCUGGCCCCGUUGGGUCACUGGCUGCGUUAUAUGCUGCUAAUAGAGGUCACGAUGUCGAGAUCUACGAACUUCGAGGUGAUCUGCGACAUCCUUCAACAACGCCACUUAACUUCACCAAGUCUAUUAACUUAGCUCUUUCUGAAAGGGGUAUUAAUGCCCUGCGCCAUGCUAACCAACAACAUCUUCUUGUCCAUAUAUUCUCGGGAACUAUCCCUAUGAGAGGGAGGAUGAUUCAUGGUAGGCGCCUGUCUGGUGACCUAUUCGAAGAACCCCAGGAUUAUGACGCUCAUGGAAGGAAAAUCUUUGCUGUUGAUAGGGCUGGACUUAAUCGACAACUAUUGUAUACUCUAGGCGCGAUGCCUAAUGUCAAGUUCUUUUUCAACCACAAACUCACUGGAGCAGAUUUUAAGAGACGCAAGGCAUGGUUCGAAGUCCGGGGUCAAGACUCUUCCAGUAGACCCGAAGAAGUCGAAAUCUCAUUCGAUUUCAUGAUUGGUGCUGACGGGGCUCACUCCUCUGUCCGAUACCAUCUAAUGAAAUUCACGAGAAUGAACUAUCAGCAGGAGUAUGUCGAUACAUUAUGGUGCGAGUUUCAGAUAAACCCAAGAGAAGAGGCCGAAUUAGAUGACCAAAAAUCCAAAUUUCGCAUCUCUCCUAAUCAUCUUCACAUUUGGCCUGGGAAGCAAUUUAUGUUCAUUGCUAUCCCCAGCGAGGAUGGUUCUUUUACCUGUACCCUAUUUUUGCCAAGUGCAGAUUAUGCUCAGCUAGAAGCGGACUCAUCCAAGCUGCCAAAAUUUUUCGAUGAGCAUUUUCCAGGGGUGACGUCGCUGAUAGAGCCAGAAAAGCUCAUCUCUGAGUUUGAAACCAACCCACAUCUUCCUCUGAUCAACAUCAAGUGCCAGCCUUACCACUAUGCUAGCUCGGUUGUCAUUUUAGGAGAUGCGGCACAUGCGAUGGUCCCGUUCUACGGCCAGGGGAUGAAUGCUGGGCUCGAGGAUGUGCGUAUCCUCUUUUCGAUCCUCGACAAGCAUGCCACGACUGAAAGUAACAGCCCGGAUGAUCCUGGAUCGAUUGGUAACGCUUUCCAGAGAGAGUUAGCACUUGCAGAAUAUUCAUCUCUUCGCGUCGCCGAUGCCCAUGCCAUCAAUGAUCUCGCCUUACAAAACUACGUCGAAAUGAGAGCCUCAGUACUAAGUCCCACAUAUCGUCUACGCAAAUUCCUGGAAGAGUUCAUGUCCGUACAUGUACCAAGGCUUGGUUGGCAAACCAAGUAUUCCCGCGUGAGCUUCGGAAACGAGAGGUAUUCUGAGGUCGUAGCAAAAAGCAACCAUCAAGGGAAAAUUCUUAUGCGCGGUUUCAUCGCGAUGGUUUGUAGUCCCGUGAUUGCUGGCAUUAUCGGUCUAUAUUGGACACAGCGGCGCUCCAUCGGCGGAUUGCAUUUUCUGGACGCGAUUCGCAACAUGAUGAAAUAG